CCCAUCCCCAUAAUUGAAAGUCUCAAAAUCAACAAUCUUGCGAGCGAUCAAGGAAAGAGUGGUCAAUGGCUUCCCCACUUGUCAAGCUCUUCUCCAUCUUCUUGAUUAUCAUCUCCCUCUUCACUCCACCAGCACUUUCAGUAGUACCAGAGGAAUGUCAAACAGAAACUAAUGGCUGCACUAACAAAGAAAAGGCUUUACCCCUCAAGCUCAUAGCCAUUUUCUCAAUCUUGAUCGCUAGCGUGAUUGGUGUAUGCUCACCUUUAUUCACACGUUCAAUCCCAGCUCUUCACCCCGAUAGAAAUUUGUUUGUAAUUGUUAAGUGCUUUGCUGCUGGUAUCAUUCUAGCAACCGGUUUCAUGCACGUCCUGCCAGACUCUUUCGACAUGUUAUCGUCUAGUUGCUUGAAAGAGAACCCAUGGCACAAGUUUCCCUUCACAGGGUUUGUGGCAAUGUUAUCUGCUAUAGUGACUUUAAUGGUGGAUUCCAUGGCUACGUCAAUAUACAGCAAGAAAUGCAGCUCUGGGGUUAUCCCAGAAGGUGGACCUGCAAUUGGAGAAGGACAGCACGAGAUGGCUGUGGUGAAUAUUGGGCAAUCUCAUGGCCAUGGGCACUAUCAUGGUCCAAAACCCGGAGGAAAUUUGGAUCAACAGUUGCUUCGUUACCGUGUCAUUGCCAUGGUACUAGAACUGGGAAUUGUAGUUCAUUCAGUGGUGAUAGGCCUUUCACUAGGUGCCUCAAACAACACUUGCACCAUUAGAGGUCUGGUGGCAGCCCUUUGCUUUCAUCAAAUGUUUGAAGGGAUGGGUCUAGGCGGUUGCAUUCUUCAGGCCAAGUACAAAACGUUGAAGAAGGUUAUCAUGGUCUUUUUCUUCUCUGUGACAACCCCUUUUGGAAUUGCACUGGGAAUUGCUAUGUCCAAGACAUACAAGGAGAACAGUCCAACCGCCUUGAUCACAGUAGGAUUGCUAAAUGCCUCAUCAGCUGGGCUUUUGAUUUACAUGGCUUUGGUUGAUCUUCUUUCGGCAGAUUUCAUGGGUCCAAAGUUGCAGGGUAGCAUUAAGCUCCAAAUAAAGUCCUAUGCUGCAGUUCUUCUGGGUGCUGGUGGCAUGUCUCUCAUGGCCAAAUGGGCUUGAUCAUGGUCAAAAUUAUCUGGAGAGAACAUUUGCCAUAGGAAGAGAAGAAUGCAAUAUACAAUAA